UGGAGCAGGGUGAUGCAGCCACAGCAGCAGCUGCUGCUCUGUCAUAUCCAUAGCUACCACACACCAAAAAGGCAGGAGGAGAAGGAGGAGGAGAUAAGGAGGUGGGAAGGGAGGAGGAAAAGAAGGAGAGGAGAAAGAUAAGGAAGAGGAGGACACAACUCUGUCAAAAGGACACCAGGGGACAGAAGUGCAAGUAAAGGGCGAGGAGAAAGGGAAGACAGCAGAGGGAGGCGGGUUGCUGCAGACAUGUCAGACGCACCUUUGCAAAGGAACGGCACUGCCAAAGCCCCGAUGUCGUGUGAGGAGGCUCAGCUCCACAAAGAGAGGCUGCAGGCCCUGGCGGAGAAAAGGAAACGACAAACUGAAAUUGAAUAUAAAAGAAGUCAGCUUGACGAACUGGUGCUACAGCUUCAGCAUGUUAAGUCCAAAGCAAUGCGUGAGCGAUGGCUUCUCCAGGGAAUGGGAGCAGAAGAAGAGGCGGCACGUCGGAAACAGCUGGAAUACGAUGAAGAACAAGGGAAAAAACUUGAAGACAUGAUACAAAGGUUGGAGUCUGAGAUUGGUGCACUUGAGAAUGAAGAGUCUCAAAUUUCUGCCAAAGAGCAAAUUCUUCGCGAGCGUCUGAAAGAGACAGAACGCUCCAUAGAAGACCUGCAGAAGAGUCUGAUGACCCAGGAUAAAGAUGCUGCCGGCCGAAUGUCCACCCCUAUGUCGGACUACUCAGAUCCCGAUCCCAACCACCUAGACCUGGCCGCUUAUCUCCGAAGUGGACGACCGGCCUCUGGGGAGCACACCACAUCAAGACCUGCUAUGUUCGCCAUGGAGAUCAACGUGCAGCACGACCCACAAACUGGUGAACAGCGAAUCCUGUCGGCUAACCGCGUCAGCCCGUUGGCGGCAGCUUCACGGGGGGUCAAGGUCUACGACGAUGGCAGGAAGGUGGUCUACGAGGUCACUUCCUCUGGGGGCGUCUCCACCAGCACCAUGGAGAACGGUUGGAGCUCUGCACAGGUUGAUGAUUUGGUCCAGCGAGCUGCCAGGCCUUCACACGCAGGAGGAAGGGGUGACAGCAGGAGGGGUCAGGUGACAGUGACCCCAGCUGCACGUCAAGCCUAUGUUUCUCCUGCAGAUGUUGAUGAUCUGUCACCGCCCUCCUGUGCCCCACCAUCCAUUCCUUCUAGCCCACCAGCCCAGGUCACCCUCCAAAGGGAAACCCGGUUGGGCAUGAUGCCCCCUUCCUCUGCUCCCAUUACAUCCCAACCAGGUUCAUCAGCCCAUCACAGCAAUGAGCUCAGCUCCCUACCCCAGAGCAGCACAGAGCACCCAGUCACCAUGGUGUUCCUUGGCUACCAGGAUGUUGAGGACACAAGUGAGAGCAGGAGGCUGCUUGGCUUUGAUGGGGCCGUCAAGGCUGAGGUCGUGCUCAUCGAUGAAGAUGAUGAGAAAUCUCUGAGGGAGAAGACAGUCACCGACAUCUCCAUUAUCGACGGCACCGCUGCCGACCUCGUGUCGGGACGGCCGGGCACAUCCGAGGCCGUCAGCACGGAACUGUCAUCUGAUGGGCGUGAACCAGACAGCACGUCCUCGCCCCCUGCAAACCCAGAAGCAAGCAUAGCCCCGCCGCCCGGCCUCACCCCCACCACAGACUCCAGCCAAGAGGUUUCCAUUAUGACAGCAAAUGGCUUUGAAGGUCCUUUUCCAGGAAUAUAUCAGCAAACUGCCAUGAACCCGUGGCAGAUAGCCGAGGAUGUCAGUGACACUUCACCAAGAGAUCGAGCCGUGAAGACCGUCAGUUUCCAGGAAUCGGUCAGCUUUAUCACUGAAAGGCCUGCAAACAUGGAGCUGGAGAGCCAGCAGAUCCAACAUCACUGCCUCAGAAGCUCCAGUAACCAAGGCUCCAAGUCCCCAGACAGCGAGGUGGUGCAGGAGAUCUGCUACCUGGACCAGGUGCUGGACGCAGCUUCAGAGACAUCCACCAAUGGAAACCUGUCGCCGUCAGAACACACGAAACCAACCAGCAUUAAUGGAACCUCUCCUUCUGUCUGUGUGUCUGACAAUAACCAGUCAAUUAUUGGGGAGGGGCAAAGAUCCAGCACGUUCCCCCACCAGGAGAUUGCUGUAAGAACCAACGGUCACAAGGGAGAUGAGUCGGGGCACAGCGCGGCGAAGUUUGAGUUGCGAGCGUUUCAGGAGGAGAGACGACCAGCAAAACUCUUCACACCUGGAGAGGAACAGCAGGUCAGGGUGACGAGGAGACGGCCCUCAGAGGAGGUUCAGGAGCUGGAACGUGAGCGGCAGGAGCUGAUCAGGGACCAGGCAGUAAAGAAGAACCCUGGCAUUGCACAGCGCUGGUGGAACCCUCCUCAGGAGGUCCCUCUGGAAGAGCAGCUGGAUGGAGAGCAGCUGGAAUCUCUAAAGAAAUACCAGGAGAGGAAACAGCAGAAGCAGAAUCAUCCCUAUGCAUACGCUGAGCUGACGAUGGUAACCUUUGAUCCAGAUGUAACCAGGAAGGAGGACAUUAUGGAAGAGCAGAUUGAUUUCUCGUCUGCCAGGAGCCAGUUCCUGCAGGAAGAGGCUGCCGAGAAGAAUGCAACUCCUCAGUUGUACUCCGCCAAACCUUUCUCUAAAUCGGGGACAAGGAGCAGCCCUGGGAGCAGCGACAUGAUUGCAGAAAGCGAAGAGACUCAUGUGACGUGGUCUGAUGAGGGUGUUGCAGGGGAAUUUACCUGUGCUCGAGCUGUGAUGACGAUCCUGCCAGACCAGGAUGAAGGAAAAGAUUCCUUUAACCAGCCUUUUCACCCGGAAGAGUUUGACUCGGGGUUGGAUGAGCUGUCUGUCCGCUCCCAGGACACAACUCUCUUCAGUUUGGAUAAUGUUUCAGACAGCGGGGCUUCUCUACCCCCGACUCCAUUACCACUUACCCCAGUAUCACCCCCCACACCUCAGCCCACAACUCCAGUCAACGGACAGCCCAGUGGCAGCCCAAAUGAAGAUGAGUUGGAGUACCAUGCUGGGGUACUCGUCCAAAAUGCCAUCCAGAGUGCCCUCGCAGCUCAGAACGGAGGAGAAACUGAGCCAUCUGAGCUAAACUCUUCUCAGCUAAGCGCCCCGGUGUCACCAACCUCUGCCUCUACGAGCAGCCCAGUGCCAGUUUCAUCCUCACCUGUGUGUUCUGCUGGAGCUCCCAGUUUCCAGUCACCUGUGUCCUCCAGUCCUGCACCAUCUGACCCAUCCCCUCAGCCAGACAUCCAGUCAGGUGAAAGAGUCACAUCUGAAUCAGAACAGGCUGAGCAGCAGCAGCAGCAGUUCUACAGUCCAUCUCGACUUUCACAGCUUCAGACUCCUUCUCCUCCACCUUCUCAGCCUGUUUCACCCCCACAGAGGCCUAGAAACGGAGGCCCAAGGAUCAAAAUCCAGUCAUCCUACACACGGGCACUUGCCUCCUCAGUUCCUGCUCCCACUCCCACUCCUGCUGCAGCAGCUACCGCUCCCAAGCCAACCCCAGUCUACCGUCCCCCUUCUCCUCCAAGCCCAGAGAAGCAGGAGUUCAGCUACUUCAGUAAAUACUCGGAGGCGGCUGAACUGCGCAGCACGGCAGCAGCAACUCGAGGGCCUGAGGCGGAAGCGGCCCAAGGCCCGUUCCGCCUGCGCUCUAAAAAGCAGAAGACUUUGUCCAUGAUUGAGGAGGAGAUCCGAGCAGCUCAGCAGAGAGAGGAAGAGCUGAAGAAGCAGCGGGAGGCACAGCCCGCCGUCACUAUCCGGCCCAUCAGCACUUCCAGCAACAGUUACGGAUCUUUGAGGGCAGGAGUGAGACACAGCACCAUUUCACCUGCCGAUAAGAUGAAGAGCAACAGCCUGCCGGCUAGACUCACGCUGACAGCACGGACAGCACCGGGAAAAAUUGAGAAGGUUCGGCCUGCACCACCUGUGUCCCCCUCCCCCUCAGAAGGGGCUCUGUCUGAUGCCGGCAGCGAGGAUUCGGGAGGAUCACGACCCAAGAACUUGAUGCAGACACUUCUGGAGGAUUAUGAAACGCACAAGGUGAAGAGAAAAGAGAAGUUGGAGGACAACAAUGUCGCUCAGUAUGCACAUUUGUUGCGGGCUAAUGAGGUAACCACUGAGGUGCUGGAGGCCACCAGGGUGACUAGGAGGAAAAGCAACAUGGCGCUGAAGUGGGAGGCCGGUAUCUAUGCCAACGAGGAAGGAGAGGAGGAAGAAGAAGAGGAGGAGGAGGAGGAGUGAACAACUUAUUUCAGGGAAAGUGAAGACUAAGAGAGCGGGAAGCGAGGAUGACCGUUGAAAAUGAAAACUGAUGGGGAAAAUAAUGUAGAAUUAACCAGUAUUUAUUAUGCUAACUGUAUCCUGAUGAUCACAUGAAGCCAGAUGAGGCGCAUCAGUUUGGAGACCUGAGGAGUGAAGGUGUAACAGUGAGGUUGAUAUUUGUUUGGAGACAUUUUAGAGGGGUUUUAUGUUGGUUUGAUGAUUAAAGCGUAAUGUCUCCACUAGCUGGUAGAUGCUGAGUGACUUGGAAUUUUUUUUUUUUUUUUUUAUCUAUCUGCAUUUUCAUUAUUGAACUACAAGCUAAGAUUGUUUCCUGAGAGUUGCUGAGAAGACUUGUGGUUGUUUUAGACACAAUGACGUCUCAACAGGAAGAGAACCAUGUGUGUGUUGUGAGAGAAAGACGAAGCCAAGUGAAAGCAUGAACAUGUUUUUGAAUUUUCCAACAUAUUUUGACUUUUUAUAGCGCUGCAGGAGGACCACAGUGUCUUUGAGGAACUCAACCAAAGGGCACCACUGACGCUCAGACCCAUAUUGUUUUAUGAUGUGCAAACAUAUGUAAAAUGUUGGUGGGAGCUUCUACACUCGUACUAAACUUAAAGUGCCGGAUCGACAGCGUUCCUGGAUUGUUAAAUGCUGAUAAGUAAAUCUGCCUUCGAUUGUCAGUAGCUGUUGCUGACUAGGAUGAAUUUCAUUCUGCUCUACCUGUAUUACUACACCUUCAGUAGGAUCUAGAGAGAAGAUGUAACCACAUCAGACAAAAGUUUGUGGAUUAUCCCUAAACUUCACCGACUUAAAACGUUCAAGGUAGACUAAGUAGGUGUUUGUUUUCUACUCUGAAAAUCACUUAUUCCAGUUCUGUCGGCUUUGUUGACCUGUACUUUCAGAUGUAAGCAGCUGUUUCAUGUAUUAUAGCAAGGUGUAUUUGAUGUGUGAACAUGUGGCUGAGGAUACGAUUUGACGUGGAAUACUGCAAAGGUUUUGUAUAAAAAGGUCGUUAUACCGAAACAAACUUUUAUUUCCAGAAAAGAAAAAAAAAAUCAACUUUUAAAUCUAUUUAAUAAGUACUGAUUGUGUGCAUGCGUUUGAACUCAUUCCCCAAACUGAAACAAGCACAGAGCAGCAGCGGGGACUGAUGGUAACUGGCUCCAUUUAUGCUUAACAGCAGGUUUUUCUCAUCUGUGAGUAGACAUGGGCCAACAUGAGGCUGCUGAGUUGGGGGUAAAAAUACACAGCUGUUAUUGGCCGGCUGACUGGAAAUGUGCAGCAACAGGUGGGGGAGGGGAGUGCUCUGUCACUGCUGUAGAAAACGAAUCACGCUGGCACUUAUCUCUUGUCUUGACUUUAAACAGUAUAAUCCUGCAGUAGCAGGAAACAGUGAAACACUUGCAUGGGUUAAUCCUAAAACCCACGCAAUCUUUCACAGGGAUUAACAGUGAAAAAGUGUCAAAAUAGCUUCAGAAACCAUAUUUCUAUUUAGUAGGUUGUGCAACAAAGCCAGUGAGAUUCUUUUCUUUGUGAUGUUAAGGAGAAUGGGGAUAAAACUCUUUCUUUAAACCAAAGGUCAGCACAUCUGCUAGUGUCCCCCACAAGUGUCCUUCAGCGAGGGACUAAACGUCUCUUUUUCUGAGACGUUUAGUCUCAGAAACGUCUUUUUCUGAAAAGACUAAACCCCCCACCCCCCCUCCUUAGAUAUUCAGAGUAGAGCUUCAGAGAACAUAAAAAACUGAAGGACACACACUACUAAUUGUUGAUUGUAUUCAUUCUUUUAGUGGAUGAGGUGAAGGAGCUGAAACAAAGUGCCAGAAACAACCUGGAUGAUGCAUACCUCCGCCAUCAAAACAAAGGGCCUGUUUCACUUUUACAUUUUUGAAGGAAUGCUGUUCCUUUUCCAGAGACUGAGUGCAGUGUGCAAAAGAAACUGGACGACAAGUAGGAAAAAAAGAGGUGAAACCUGUUUUCCACGCCUCGUGAGUUCAGCUGCUGCAACUACUAACAAGCAAUUUGUUUGUGAUUUGCUUUUCUUCCUUUUUAGAAAUGUAUAGUAAUUACAGAACAAGAACAUUUCAGUAGAGCAUUUAUAAGGUUUAAUAACACAUAAAUGUUAUUAAACCUUAUAAAUAAGCGCCCCCAGAUUUCUGGAGGCACAAUCAUCGUCCAUCAAGCCCCAAAUUUCAUUCAUCGCUCUCACAGUCACUCCCAUGCACACACAGAAGAGUUGUUGCACUGUGUGGUUUAUAUAUUAUUAUUAUUAUUAAUAUUAUGAUGCUUUUUAUGUCUAAACUUAAGGUGCAGAGAUCAUUUUAUUUAUCAUUUUAAAUGAUGGUAGAUCAGUUUGCUCCCUUUCAGAAGCUGAAGAGGUGUCAGUGUGAAACCCACGCCGUCUGUGUGAUUAAAUCAGUGAUAUUUUACAAAGUACACGACUUAACCUCUGUUUCUAUGUUAACCACUUGUAUGCUCAUAAUCUGCUUGGUCAUUUUGUAGCACAUGUAAGGCUCAUGAUAUACUCCUACUACACAUUAUGGAUAUUUUCUCAUUAAAAGUAAAACCUGGGAA